CUUUGCGAGUAGCGGAACGCGUCUGUCGAAGGAGGGCAACGCCGCCGCCGAGGCGGGGGAGGGCGAGGAGGCGCUCGGCAGGUACCAGGCCGCCCUGGACGCCCUCGAGUCUGCGGGCCUGCAGGGGGGCCCCGACGCCGCCAUGGUGCUGAUGAACAUCGGGGUCGCGUGCGCGGAGCUGGGCCGGGGCGAGCCCGGCCUCGCCGCGUACGGCCGCGCGCGCGCCCUCUUCGAGGCCGGGGGCCGGCUGGCGACGGCGAACGGGGCCCGGCUGCUGCUGAACAUCAUGGGCAUCCUGCGUGCGAGCGGGGGGGACGCUGCGGCCGCCGCGGCGGACCUCGCGGCGGCCCGCGACGCCUAUGAGAGGCUCGGCGCGCUCGGCACCAAGGAGGGGUUCGACCUGCUGCUGCGGCUUGGGUCGGCGCUCGCGGGGGCCGGCGACUUCAGGGCCGCGCUGGGCCGGUACGUCGAGGCGAUGCGCGUGCUCGAGGGCCGGAAGGCGGUCAGCAGUGCCAGGGGGGCGGAGCUGCUGGAGAGGAUGGGCGACGCGAACGUGGGGAUGGGCGACCCGGACGAGGCCGCGAGCCUCUACGACUCGGCGUGCCAGGUGCUGGAGCAGAGGGGCCGCCUGGCCCGGCCCCGCGGCGCGCGGCUGCUGGUCAAGCUGGGGGCCGCGCGGGCCGAGCAGGGGAACCUGGAGGAGGCCCUCGAGGCCUACAGGGAGGCGAGGGGGCUCCUGGAGCCCCUGGGCGGCGCCGAGGGCGCCUCGCUCCUGGCGGACAUCGGGGAGGUGCAGGCCAGCAUGGGCGCCACCGACGAGGCGCUGGAGUCCCUCGAGGAGGCCAGGAGGCUCUUCGAGGGCGCAGGCCUGCUGGGGACCGCGGGCGCGGCGGGGCUCCUGGCGAACCUGGGCGCCCUGCGGGCUCAGGAGGGCGAGCCCGAGGCAGCGCUGCAGCACCUGGAGGCGGCGCGCGGCGCGCUCCGCGCGUGCGGGGAGCUGGAGACCGAGGAGGGGGCCAAGCUGCUGGUGAACCUGGGCUCCGCGCUGCUGGACUGCGGCCGGGAGGCCGAGGCGCUCCUCACGCUCGCGGCGGCGGAGGCCGCGCUCGGGGAGGCCGCGCUGCCCGCGGACGCCUCCGAGGCCGCCGCGCUGCUCUCCCGCCUCGGCGAGGUGUACCUCGCAGCGGGCGACGCGGACGGCGCCGUCCGUGCGCGGGAGAGCGGGGCCGCGAGGUGCUGCGCGCGGGCGGCCCGCUCGAGGGCGUGGCCGCGGCGGAGCUGCUGGCUGGCCUGGGCGCGGCUUACGCCGCGCAGGGGGAGCUGGAGCAGGCCGAGGCCGCCCUGGCGCAGGGGAUGCGGGCGCUCGAGGGGGACGAGGCGCUGGAGACCGAGGACCGAGGGCGCCCUCGUGCUCGCGCGGCUGGGCGACGCCUGGCUGCUGCUGGGGGGCGACGAGGAGGCGGCGGACUGCUUCGGGCGCGCCGUGCGGGCGUCCGAGGGCGCCCUGCAGCCCGCGGAGCGGGCCGAGCUGCUGGCGAAGAGCGGGGCCGUGCUCGUGUCGCUGGGCGACGACGAGCGCGCCCUCGAGGAUCGCUCGAGGAGGCGCACGGGCUGCUGGACGAGGAGGGUCUGCUGAGCAGCGCCGCCGGCGCCCGGGUGUUCACCCACAUCUCGGCGGCGCGCGCAGGGCUCUGCGAGCUCCCAGUCUCAGGAGGGAAAACAAAAACACGC